AUGACCAUGAGUGUCGGUUGGGGACUUGAAUACCUCCACCAGAACUCUAUCCUUCAUCGAAAUCUCGCCGCUAAGAAGUGCCUGUACGACAGACAAUUUGUGAAGCUGAGCGGUUUCGGCACAGCCAGAAAAACCGGCACCUAUACAAUGAAGACGCCGAAAAAAGCGAACAUCAGAUGGAUGGCACCUGAAUCUGUCCAAUCCUUUCGAUUUACGCAGAAAUCCGAUGUUUAUGCUUAUGGACUUUUAAUUUACGAAAUAUUCGCCGUAAAAGAACCCUACGAAGGCCUCUCGAAUGAAGAAGCAAAACAGUUGAUCAUGGCCUGGAUGCAACUGUAUACUGGCAUGGAACUGCAGAUCGUUGGUGGUGCAACUAGCGUGACAGCAACAGUUCGUCAAAAAAUGGACAAUCUUCUUUCGAAAGACGUUGAACUCCAGUCGUUGCCAAACUUCAAAGAACCAGGUCCCGCAACACCUCAAAGGAGUAGUAAGAAGAAAAAGAAAAAUUGA